GUGCGGGGCUGUUCCUCCCCCCUCCCCUCCUCUUCCUUCCCCCGCCUGAGCUGGGGCCGGGCUGCAGCGAGCCCGGCCGACGGCGCCGAGCCCGCCGCCAUGGCCCAGCCCGCCAGGCCCGCCGCCGCCUACCGCAGCCAGAACGGCGCCGGCCAGCAGCCCUACAGCAAUGGUCCUGUUCAAAAUCAGCUGAUGCAUCCAUCAGAUGGCCAGGGGUAUAGCCCUUCAGUUCCAGGAGCAUAUUCGCAUCAGAUGCCAGCCAAAGUUCCUCCACAUCAGUCUUCUGGACAGUAUAACUAUAGCGGCUCUCAGAUUGCUUCUCAAUUAAAUAAUUAUCAAGGACCUGGACAGAUUCUCAAUAGACCACCAGUGGCACCUCUGUCUGGAUCACCAGUACAACAAACAGGUUCUGUUCCACAAGUGCUGCCGCCUGCGCUACAAAACUCGGCUGCUGUAUCAUCUGCUGGUGGCUUUCCUCCUGGAGCUAGCCCACCAGUGCUUUCAAACUGGCAGUAUAGCCAGACUCCCGUGAGUCAUCCAGCUGGGUCUCAAACAAGCCACUUGGCUCAUGUGGCAGGGACAGCAUCAGCUCAACCACCACCAUCAUCCUUAUCAGGAAAUACAAAUCCUCCAGGAAGUUACCAAUAUGCUGCUUCUCCAGGAGGUCCUCCGCUUCAGAACAGCUAUAUGAAGCCAGGAUCUGCGCCCCCACCAGUGACUCAGCCUUUACCUCCACUCCACCCUCCUUCAAGACCACCUUUAGGACCCCCUCCAGUUGGUGGUCCACCUUUAAUUAGGCCAUCAGCACUGACAGCAGCACCACCUAGUAACUCUGCAUCACAGUCUCUGCUAAAUUCAUCUGCAAAUCGAGACGGUGAUGCUACAUCCACUGCCAGUGAUGGAUCUGUGGUCCAAAACAGCUAUGAUGCAAUAGAAGGAGGUGGCCUCAUGGGUAAGGUUUUGGAAUUAACAACCACACAUCCAUCUCCUGCCCCCCCAAAUCUUAAGAUGGGUAGAAGUGUUGGCUACUCAUAUCCUAACUUGCCACCAGGCUACCAAAAUACUUCUCCACCUGGAGCACCAGGAAUGCAGACACCUGCUUUGCAAUACCCAGAUGGAUCAAAACCUUUCCACCAGCCUCCUUUAGGCCCUAAUCACUUAACUGCAUCUAUGGGUGGCCUGAGUCUGCAGCAAGAAGGAUUAAGACCUGUGAAUCUUCUUCAAGAAAGAAAUAUUCUUCCUACGACCCUCUUGCAGGCUCCUGUCCCAAACUUGCAUGAAGACAUCCAGAAGCUGAAUUGUAAUCCUGAGUUGUUCCGCUGUACCCUGACUAACAUUCCUCAGACUCAGGCCUUACUGAAUAAAGCCAAACUUCCUUUGGGGCUCCUGCUUCAUCCUUUCAAAGACUUAUCGCAAUUGCCAGUGGUCACUUCCAGUACUAUUGUGAGAUGCCGUUCCUGCCGGACAUAUAUUAACCCUUUUGUCAGCUUUCUAGACCAAAGGAGAUGGAAAUGCAAUUUGUGCUAUAGAGUGAAUGAUGUUCCUGAAGAAUUCAUGUAUAAUCCUGUGACAAGAGCUUAUGGAGAACCUCAUAAAAGACCUGAAGUUCAGAAUGCUACUAUUGAGUUUAUGGCUCCAUCUGAAUACAUGCUACGUCCACCUCAGCCACCUGUGUACCUCUUUGUGUUUGAUGUCUCUCAUAAUGCAAUAGAGACAGGAUACUUGAAUACAGUCUGCAAGACCUUGUUAGACAAUCUUGACUUGCUUCCUGGGAACACUAGAACAAAAAUAGGCUUCAUAACAUUUGACAGCACAAUCCAUUUCUACAGUCUUCAGGAAGGUCUCUCGCAGCCUCAGAUGCUUAUAGUUUCAGAUAUCGAAGAUGUAUUUAUACCAAUGCCAGAAAACUUAUUGGUAAAUUUAAAUGAAAACAGAGAGCUAAUUCAAGAUCUACUGAAGACCCUGCCACAGAUGUUUACCAAGUCCCUGGAAACCCAGAGUGCUCUGGGGCCUGCAUUACAGGCUGCCUUUAAACUAAUGUCACCGACUGGUGGUAGAAUCUCUGUCUUCCAGACACAGCUUCCAUCUGUGGGAAUGGGAGCACUAAAAUCACGAGAAGAGCCAAACCAAAGAGCAACCGCAAAGGACAUACAUCUGACGCCAUCAACUGAUUUUUACAAGAAGUUAGCCUUGGACUGCUCAGGGCAGCAGGUUGCAGUGGAUUUAUUUCUUCUUAGUGGGCAGUAUUCUGACUUGGCUUCUUUAGGCUGUAUAUCAAGGUAUUCUGCAGGUAGUGUCUAUUACUACCAGUCGUACCAUCAUAAACACAACCCUGUCCAAGUGGAGAAAUUACAAAAGGAGCUGAAACGAUAUUUAACUAGAAAGAUUGGUUUUGAGGCUGUCAUGAGGAUAAGAUGCACCAAAGGUCUUUCCAUUCAUACCUUCCAUGGGAACUUCUUUGUGCGAUCUACAGACUUGUUGUCAUUGCCUAACGUAAACCCAGAUGCAGGAUAUGCUGUGCAAAUGUCAGUAGAAGAGAGUCUUACUGACAUGCAGGUUGUUUCUUUUCAGUCAGCCCUGCUGUACACAUCCAGCAAAGGGGAAAGAAGAAUUCGUGUCCACACCAUGUGCUUGCCUGUUGUAACAACGCUGAGUGAUGUUUACCUGGGGGCAGAUGUACAAGCUAUCACUGGGCUGUUGGCCAAUAUGGCUGUGGACCGGUCUGUUUCUGCUAGCUUGAGUGAUGCUCGGGAUGCCUUGGUCAACGCAGUGAUAGACUCUUUAUCUGCUUACCGUUCUUCAGUCCUAAGCAUUCAACAACCUGGUCUCAUGGCCCCCCAUUCACUACGGCUCUUCCCACUUUAUGUACUGGCACUCUUAAAACAGAAAGCGUUCCAAACUGGGACGAAUGCACGUUUAGAUGAACGCAUUUUUACCAUGUGUCAAGUUAAGAACCAGCCCCUUGUUUACCUCAUGCUUAUGACUCAUCCCAACCUGUACAGAGUUGAUAAUCUCACAGAUGAGGGAGCUCUUAACAUAAAUGAUAGAACCAUACCACAGCCACCCAUUCUCCAACUGUCUGUGGAGAAGUUGAGUAGGGAUGGUGCUUAUCUUAUGGAUGCUGGCUCUGUAAUGUUUCUGUGGAUUGGAAAGAACUGUGGGCAGAACUUUAUCAGCCAAGUCCUUGGAGUUCCAAAUUAUGGCUCAGUACCACAGAAUAUGACACAUCUCCCAGAACUUGAAACUGCAGAAUCCAUCAGAACAAUAGCUUUCAUCUCUUGGCUGAGAGAACAGAGACCCUUCUUUCCUAUACUGUAUAUAAUAAAGGAUGACAGUCCAUUGAAAUCAAGUUUCCUGCAAAAUAUGAUUGAAGACAGAACAGAAUCAGCCUUAUCAUACUAUGAGUUCCUCCUACAUAUACAGCAGCAAGUGAAUAAGUGAAACGCUAGCCUUUGGCUCACUUGCUUAAGGAAAGAUUUUGCAGUAAAGAACACUUGUGCUUGUAAUAUCUUCAUUCAAUCUGUGGCCUGAGGCAGUUGAUGAGAAGUUCUCACUGUGAUUUCAACGAACUAAAGCAAAUAAAGGACCACAUCUGAAAAUCAAAUGUGCAACUACAUAAUAUUGUACCUUAAAAAAAAAUCAAAAUAUUGGAACUGGUUGAGCACCUUUAAUUUGCUGCAAAUUAUGUUUUUACUGUAAGUAGUUGCAGCAUGAAGUACACUUACAAAGGCAAUAUUGAAAAGGUGAAAUACAUUUUGUAAAAUAAAGAGUUCUUUGUUGUUCAAAAUGUAUAUUUCUGUAACUCUUUGCUUUUUUUUUUUUUGCUGCUAGAUAUAUAAAAACCUCACAAUACUGAUUAUGAUUUGCAGGGAAAUUCUUUAUUCAGUGCAUCCAGUGAUUAGAGUCAGAGCAUCUUAAUGUUCAACUUAAAAUGCUUAAAGUAGCAAUGAAGCAACUAUUCAUUGUGAAAUGAACAAAUACUUUAUGAAACUUAAAAUCUAGAGUUUGGAAUGGAUUAUGACUAAUAGGACUAAAGGUAAGCUUAAACCAGAUAAGAUGGCUGAAUCUGUUGAAGUUUUUAAGCACAUCAGUAUUGUAGCUGAAAAUGGGAGUGGGGAGCAGCAGGCCCUGUAUGGGAUAUAUUUUAAAAGUUAGUAGCUGAGUCAGCAGCAAAAGUAGAUUGAGAUUGAUGGCAAGCUUUAUUUUUCCUCAGUAAAAUGAAGAGAGUUUUAAUUUCAGUUUGUAAAUGGUGUGGGAGGGCAAGGGCAAGGAAGGUCAUCCCAGAUUUUUUUCUUUGCGUUCAGUAGACUUUUGGCCCUUGUUUGCAUUAACUGAAUGUUAGGCUCCUAAAAUUUAGUGUGUUUGUGAAAUGAGUUUGUAUGACAGCACUUAAUGUUUUGAAGCAACAUAGAAUAUUUGACACUAAAAAUUGGAAAAGAAAUUAUUUUUCCAAAGACAAAAAUGUUAUCUUGUAUUUGGAGAAUUGUUUAUAGUUUGAGGCACACUUUAAGUUCUCCAAAAUCCUUUUUUUCUGCAGCUAUGUAAUGAGCCUAGGUCCAAAGCCAGUAUGCACCAAAUAAAAGCUUUAAAUGUACUCUCAGAUCCCUGGCAGUGCUACAGACGGAUGUUGACAUUGGACUUAAGUGAAAAUUUUUGUAGAAAAGUAUUUAGAGCAUUUUAUAAAAGUGUGUUGAUAACUGUUCUAUUUUGGAGAUUAAGCUAUCACUGAACGCUAGCAACAUAGAGAGUACUUGGUUAAGUUAUUGUAUCUGUAUGCCCAUGGAAGAGCUUCAUAUGGAAAAAUCAUGUUUUGCUUUUAGUUUAAUGGUGGUGAACUUAAUUAUAGGUCUUGCAAAAUCUACUUCCUGGGACAAGUAACUUCAACAGGCAGAAUAUUUAUAAAUAAGUGGACAAGUGUGUACUGUAAUUAGGCUAGGUAACUUGUGUAGGUUUUGUGAUAUGAGUGUCACAGGACCUGACAGGAUCAUUUGCUACCACUUCGGACUCUAGCUAUACUUGAUUGUCAGGAGUUGCCUUACUUGAGGGGAGAAGUGUCUUUGGAGAAACAGCUCUUGCCACUUGAGCACAAGACGCUGAAGUUCAGAGCAAUGUCUGAAAUUGCAUGAAAAGACUAUUGUAGAACCAAUUUAAGCUCCUCUGGCUGCUGUCUCCGUAACAAAUGGGAGUAUAUUUACUUAGACAACUUCUCAGAGAAUUGCACACUUUCUAGUUGAAGUGAAGAGAUUUUAAGUUUGGCAGUCUAACCUUUUCCAGUGGGAAGGGUCUUUUCAUCUAAAUCAUAAAGGAAAACUAUGCACUUGCAUAGGUUAUCGCUUAAAACUUCUGUUUUGGGGCAUAUUAUCACUUAGACACUGGAAACCAUUCUUGUGUCUAACAGCCCACUCAAAGUUUCUGUUUCUUGUGAUGACUAUAUUUUACCAUUAUAUUCCUUAAAAGUUAUUUAAAAAAAUAAUGUUGGAAGUAGCUUCAUCACUUUAUGUACACCAGGGAAAUAGGUAUGGAUGUCAGUCUGUGUGGCAGUUAACAACUUUGAAUUAGGGUCCCUAAGUUUUGCAGAGCACAACAUAAACAAGAAUCAGAGAAACUAUGUUGGAGUAGAACACUUCUCUUCACCUCGGAAGAAAUUCUGUAUUGAACUUUGUUAGUUUAUUCACUUGCGGUGGGAAGAGCCUACUAGUUCAGCUUGUAUGACUAAGGGCAAUGCAAGACAGAUGAACAUGUAAACUAUCUAUGAUGUGUCCUUUUUCUUUUUUUAAACCAACAAUUGAAAAAUGAGGAUACUGAAAAUGAACUGCAAAAACUGGCAAGAGCUGCCCUGAUACUUAGAUCUCAGUACAACAGCUCUACCACUGCAAAUGUACUCUAUUUUUCUAGUUGAAGAUUUUUUUUAACUAUAUCUGUAUUUGACACAUUAAUGUUCAGCCAACAUCGUUACCAUCCAUUUUACUUUGCUUUCAUUAUCUUUUUUAAUUUAAUAUAUUUGAGUCUGAGUCCAUAUAGACUGUUUUGCAAUAACUAGAGUGAUUCACAUUUAUUUAGAAUUAAUUUCUUAUCAGAAUUUAAUCAAAGAUGCAGAAUGGCUGUUAUAUAAGGGACCAUUAAAUGUGAUUUUAAGGUUCUGUUUACUAUUAUGGAUGUAAUCCUUAUAGUAAAUUUAAUUUUGUAAAGUAGUGUAUAAUAUUGUAAUAUUAAAUCUUUGUUUUCUGAACUCAGACAUUUGAUCUUCAAUAUGAAGUUAUAAAUUUUCCCCCUUCUGAAUCUGAGACAGGAUUUACUUGUCCUCCUUUUUACAGUUUGUAAUUUUCACUGUUUUAUUCCUGUAAAAAGUCAUUUGUAACACAUGCAAAUGCUUAUUUUAUCUGUGCUAAUUUAUCAGAUUUGGCUACUCAAUAAACUUAAUUGAAAGAA